ACCAAGCAUGCACACUGAGCAUCAAGCGCAAUGUCAACCUGCAAUGAAAUCGCACAGAGCCAUUCCAACAGUAAUUUAUCGAGACCUCGUGCGCUAACCACGAUUCUUUACGAGCCUGGAGAUGGGUUCUAUCUGCUCCAACGGCAUGUCGAACGACUUAGGGCAGCUCACAUUUACCUGGGUAGCACUUCACCCGGUUUCAUAGAUGAACUGUCAUGGAGCGUCGGAUCAGGAUUGAUGCAGGAGCUAUGGGGCGUAGUUCGUUCCACAGGAGAAACCUUCCCUCAGAGGGUCAGAGUCGAAGUGACUCAUGAUUGCAGAAUCAUUGCGACCAGUCGAAUCAUGGUAACCGGCCCGCUCACGACCUUGACGGUCUGUCUUGAUACCAGACCAACCGUUCCCCGCCACGCCGAACACAAGACCACGGAUCGUGCAAAUUACGACUCUGCGCGUGGACGCGUGGACGCGUGCCUCGACCUUGAAGGAGUACGGAUGCCAUUUGAUGUUUUGCUAUGGAACCCAGCUGGUUUCGUCACGGAGACCAGUAUUUCAAAUGUAGCCGUUGAGAUGCACUACGAUCAAAGUAGCUCUCCUCGAUUCGUUACCCCCCGCGUGACAUCCGGACUAAUAGCAGGCGUCAUGCGUCAAGAACUCCUUAGUGUCGGGUUUUUGGAAGAAGGAGACAUCCGGAUUGAGGAUGCACUGUGCGCUGCACAGGAAGGAAGACGCAUUAUUGCUUUCAAUGCCCUCCGUAAAGUCUUCGAAGUGAAAAUCAUUACGGCAUUGCCCCAGCCAUCCUUAUUUCGCGAACUCCCCUUCCCCAUGGGUGUUGGUGUCAUUAUUGAUUGCUACGAUUCCUAUACGAACAACCUGUUACCUUGCUUGAAUACUGCGAAUCUACCCCCUCAAGAAUUUGAAAGGUAUCUUGAAAGUAGCGUCGCCGUAAUUCGACUGCAUACGUUUCCCUGGCCUGUGUUUCGUGAUCACGUAUUACCGCACUUAGAGUGGGUGAUCAUCUCUCCAGGUCCCGGUCGACCGGAUAACACCAGGGACUUCGGUUUCUGUGCGGAACUGCUUCGUACAUCAGAAGUCCCUGUAUUGGGCGUUUGCCUUGGACAUCAGGGAAUUGCCUCUGCUCAUGGCGGCAGUAUAAUAUCGAGUGGUGAUGUCGUGCAUGGACGUACGGUGCUCGUUCAUAAUAACAAUGUGGGGGUGUUUGCCAACGUCCCGUCCGCCCAGAUGGUUCGCUAUAACAGCCUUUGUGUCGAUCCUGAAAAUAUUCCUGAAGACAUUCAUGUCACGGCCUGGGCGCGAUCUUCUGACGGAGCAACAAUUGAAAUUAUGGGGUUGCAACAUCGCCAUAAACCUCAGUAUGGUGUUCAGUUUCACCUAGAGUCCACAUGUUCAGAUCAUGACACCGCGAGAAGAAUCAUGCAAAGUUUUGCUCUGGUCGUGGCUCAGCACUCGAAGCACAGGGCCGCUUCUUCCACCAAGCUACCUGAUAUUUGCAGGACGACCUCGUAUAUCGAUUUCAGCAAGUUGAGAAGCGUUUCUCCUUGUAUCGACACCCAAAUCAAGCAGCCACUUCGCGUGCUAUCGCAACAGCUCGUCGUACAAGCUACUCCGGUUGAAAUGUGCAGUUAUUUGGUGGAAGCCUGCCAGGAGGAUCUGGGCAUUAACGUUUUCUGGCUGGACAGUGCGCGAUCUUCGCCGAAUGACCCCCUAUCUCGAUACAGCUACCUGGGGACGUCGAAUCGCAGCAUCCAAUACGAACCAGGAACGGCCCUCCUACACAAAGGAAUGGAAGACGUGAGCCUGCCCUUAAGGCCAGGGCAGUCUUUCUGGAGUUGGCUAGACACUCUCCAACGUGUUAUCCAUGAGAAUUCGGCAAAUGACGCAAUCGCCGCUCCCAACUUUCAGUGUGGUCUAGUUGGCUAUCUCAGCUACGAAAUGGGUAAGGAAAGCCUCGACGGGUACGAAUCCAGCACGAGGAACACCGCAUAUUCUGGGCCCCUCGCUCAGUUCAUGCUUAUCGACCAAGUUCUGGCCUUCGAUCAUCACACCGGGGUUUGGCAUGCAAUGGGUUUAAUACGUGGCUCAGCCGACUCGCGAAUGGAUGCUUUAUCUGAACUCCUACCGUGCCAAUUUGGCAUAACGGAGCUCGAAUUUUACAGCUGGAUUCGUACACUUGAAAUACCUCAACCUUUUCCAAGUUCAACACGCAAGUCUGCUCUUCCAUCGCUCUUCGACUUCAAUUACACGCAUGAUUCUUAUAUGGAUUCCAUUCGGCGACUGAUACAGAAGAUUGGGGAAGGGGAAAGUUACGAAAUGAAUCUGACAGGUCAAUUUACUGGGUUGUUGCACGACACACCCUCCCUGAAGGAUGUGUUUGCCCUCUAUGGGGACAUCAGGACAAAAAACCCUGCGUGCUAUUCGGCUCUUCUAUGCUUCACAAGGACCCGGACACAUGUCUUGUCUACUUCACCGGAACUAUUUAUCGAACUAUCCGGCGUCGGGGGUACAGAAGCAUUGAUGAAACCAAUUAAAGGCACCCUUCGGAGGACACCCUGUCGCUGCGCGCCAUGUACAGACCCCGACGGUUGUGAAGUCAACCGUGCCCUCCAAGACGCUCAACGCUUAGCUGCAUUUGAGGCCGAUCCCAAAGAACGUGCGGAAAAUCUCAUGAUUGUCGAUCUCAUUCGAGCGGACCUGCAAAAUUUCUGCCACACGUCAAGCGUGACAGUCAAGAAGCUCAUGGAUGUUGAAGCAUCAGAAACGGUAUAUUCACUAGUCACGUCGGUAGAAGGCAAGUUGGUGCCUGAUGUGGGACCAGUGGAAGCCAUUUGCCGGACGUUCCCCCCAGGUUCAAUGACUGGGGCCCCAAAAUUGCGAUCGGUUGAGUUGCUGGAAGACCUGGAGGGCCACCAGCCUCGUGGCAUCUAUUCCGGCUGUCUUGGUUAUAUAAGCGUCAACAAUAGAGCUUCUUUCAACGUUGUCAUCCGAACCCUGGUUAUCCAAGACUGCAAAGCCAGCGUAGGUGCCGGUGGAGCAAUCACCUGGCUAUCGGAUCCCGACAGUGAGUGGGAUGAAUUGUUCCUGAAGGCGCGCUCUGUGUUACAGGAUAGAGUAUAGAAAUGUUUGGGGUCAUACAUGAUAUAUGAUUCUUGAGUGCAUGCGUUCUCUUGCUUGGCGGCCCUCGAGCCGGGAGCUAUGCUGUAUGAACUCAAAUCAAUGUAGCCCAUGCAUUUGUCC